GUUGUGAGUCGCCGCGAAGUGAGCUGUGACGUUUCAAGGGCAAACAAUGGCGCAUCAUCGGCUAACUUAACGGUAAUGUCAGUCGACAAAAUGAUGUGGCACCUCGCGUAGCGGCCACUCCGACAUUUUCAGUUUUUACGUAUCGAAAAGGCGAAAACAGGGCCGCCGACAUCGGCGCCUGCCCGUCUGUAAUGUAAUUUAAGCGAGAAACAAACCGUAACCGAUAAAAUAGUACAAAAACGUAUAACCAAAACAAAUAACGACGAUCUAUUUACCGACCAAAUAAAAAACAACCGUAAACGUACUAAAUUCGGAACUAAAUAUUGGCUGUGUAAUACAUCGUUAAAAAAUACGGAAACAUGGACAACGUGGCAGCACCGGAAUUUGAGGAGCUAAUGCUCUGCGGCUACUGCAAGCAGAAGUUCAACGAAACCGAGCAGAGCCCGAAGCUGCUCAGCUGCAAGCAUUACUUCUGCCUGCAGUGCAUGCGCACAGGGCUGAACAAAGGCGGCGGUCAGGAGUUGUACUGCGUAUACUGCUGGAAGAGGACCGAAUUGGGGGAGAUGGGGCCCGAAUCUUUGCCCACGUACGCCCCUGUGCUGUGUCUGGCCAAAAAUUUCGCCCAGCUGAGGGUCAAGCCGCCCGACAAGCCAGCUAACAAGGUAAUUUCGGAAAAUUGCCACACACAUGCCAUGCCGUUGGCGCUUUGGUGUCACACGUGUUGCUCGCCUGUGUGCCGCGCAUGCGCAAACACCAGCGAUCAUUCCGCCCAUCAAAUCAAAUCUCAGGUCGAAGCGAAAGACCAGCUGGUGGCGGAGCUGCAGAUCGACCUGGCGUCGAUGAACAAGAUGCUCGGGGAGAUCCAGCGGUUGGCGGUGCAGCAGCGCGAGUUCCUGCUCAAAAUUUUGGAGGCGUGCGUCACGCUGAAAACGCACGUAGAAGCCGACCUCACCAACAACGCGUCGCACUUCGAGGUGACGGAGACCAGAGACGCGCUCGCCAAGCUGCGCCUCAACCUCUCCAUGGCGGAAAAUUUGAGCGACGUCCAUCAGCUCUGCUCCAGCGUCGGCGUAGAGAAGCAGCGCUUGCAGAUGAGGUACCAGUUGCUCAAGCAGGCAUUGAGCAACAUUCAAAACGGCGACGCUUCGUUCGCGGGGAAUUCCCGGGUGCCUGCGCAGAACCAGCAGAACCCGAUCUUGUUCCUGGCCAACUAUUGCAUGUCGCAGCUGUACUCGCGGCACAUGCUAUCCAAACAGACGAACGUAAACGGCAACAUGGAGUACCACAAUCACAACUCGGCGGCGCAGAACUCGUACAUGGGGGCUUCUCAGCCGCCGUCAGCGCCAUCGCAGCAGCAUUUGGUGCUUGCGCCGCCGAAGACCAUCUACCAAGACAACAGCCUGUUGAUGCAGAGCAUGAUGCACUCUCCGCAGGUGAGGAACCCCGCCAACAUGUGCCCCAUGUUUUAUUUCAACGUCGAAGUCAACGGGGCGCAGUUGGGACGAGUUGUAAUCGAGGUUAGGGCCGACGUUGCGCCCAAGAUGGCUAAGAAUUUCGGGGUUUUGACCACAGGCGAGGCCGGCAUGGGUUACAAAGGCUGCCAGAUCUUCCAGUGCUGGGAGGGGGAGAGCGUCAUCACAGGCGAUUUCGAGUUGAAUAACGGCAGAGGAGGACGCAGCAUAUUCGAGGAUUCGUACUUUUUGCCCGACGACACCAAACUGAUGGCGGUGAGAGGUACCGUGGGCAUGCGCAGAACGCAAAAACGCCACGACAACCUCGGUAUGGUCGGCUCGCAAUUCAGGAUCAUUCUGCAGGAGAUGCGGGGUUUCACGGGGAUUUUCGGGCAUGUCGUCGAAGGUUUGGAGCUGGUGGAAAAAAUUAGCACGUACGGGGACACCGCGGGGAAACCCACGAAGAACAUUGUCAUCGCCAAGUGCGGCAAGUUGUAGAAACAAUAAGCAAAGCAAAACGAAAAAACUGUAUCGAUGUAAAUGUUGCUUUUAUCACUCUCUUCGUCAAAAUCGACAUGUUUUUUCGUUUCAGCCGUAUCGCGGCCCGCCCGGAUCUCGAAUUUAAACGAAUUAAAAAAUCGCAUACGUAAAGACUGACAGAUGGCACCGCACGCUAACGAAUUAUAUUAUACAUCAAAAAUCAAACAUUAUGGAGAUCCGGGGGCCAUUCAAACAAAACAUUUGUCCGUGUAUAGAUCUAUGUGCUUUUUGCGAACGAAACCGUCAUAGCUUAUAAACUUGAGAAAAUAUAUAUUUUCGUAUGUUGUAUGUAAAAAGUCGCGUCGUUGGGAGUUAUACACAAAAAAUAAUCGAGGGUUUUAGUUUGUCGUAGCUUAACGGAAAUGUAAUCAUUAUAUUAUAGUAUUCGUAAUCGUUAACGUUAUGUUGUAGUUUAUAGCGAACGGAGCGUUAUUAUUAAAGAUACAGAGUUUAAAAGAAAAAAAAUUGUAAAAUAUUAUCGAAUCGUCGGUUGGGAAUGGUUAAAUUUAUUUCGCGAAUUAUGCUUCCUUUUUCUAUCCACGUACCUUAUAGCUGUUAGUUCCAGUGCCAGAGCACUAUAAACUUGUUUAAAUUAUAUCAAUUGAUUAUUUUUUACGAAAAAUUAC